AUGAAUCUGGCUACGGGGAGGAUUCUGGCCUUACAUCUGCAAAGAAGCUGUGUGAGGGCACGCUCGUCGUUUGGGCCAGCCAAUGUGGGCAACAACCUGGCCAACCUGGACGUUUUGGGCUCCUCUGCAGUCCCAGAGAACAAUAUUGAGAUGAUCUCUAAGGACUCGAUCAUCUUUUCCAACAUGAAGGUUGUGCGAUCGCCCAACAAGCAAGGGACCCUUGUUGCUGCUUUGUUGUUGGAUAACCAGAUAUUCGAGCUCAACACAAAGUCCAUCAGCAAAAAAGGCCCAUUGGAUCUGACGACUACUGAGCUCUUUACGUUGUUAGAGGCGCUCUACCCAAAACCCGAGCUGUUUGUGCUGGGUCUUGGGGGAAGCAGCCGGAUGUUGGACCCAGACACGAAAAGACGCUUUGCCGAGUUGGGAAUCAUGCUAGAAGUAGGCGACACCAAGAGCGCAGUGCUCAGCUACGAUCUUCUGGCUACGGAACGUUCUCCAAAACAGGUGGGGGCACUCAUAUUUCCAUCGGUGUUCUGA